AUGGCAUGCAGCAAAGGCUUGCGUUUGCUCUUUCUGCUGAGCUGGGCGGCAGGCUCCGAAGCCCUGGGCGAUAUCAUGAGACCCAGCUGUGCUAGUGGGUGGUUUUCCUACAAAUCCACUUGCUAUGGAUACUUCAGGAAGCUGAAGAGCUGGUCUGAUGCUGAGCUUGAGUGUCAAUCGUAUGGAAGCGGAGCCCAUCUGGCAUCUAUCCUGAGUCUAAAGGAAGCUAGUAUCAUAUCAAAGUAUAUAAAUGGCUAUCAAAGAAACCAGCCCGUAUGGAUUGGCCUGCAUGACCCACAGAAGAAGCAGCAGUGGAAGUGGGUAGAUGGAAACCUAUCCCUGACCAGGUUCUGGAGUGGCCGAUCCUCCAGUGAGGAUAAGCACUGUGCUGAGAUGAGCUACAGCAACAACUUUUUAGCUUGGAACAAAAAUGACUGCAACAAGCUCCAGCACUUCCUGUGCAAAUACCGACCAUAG